CUGAUAAGCAAUUUUAAAAAUUUCCACUUUCAGCUAUUGUUCGCAAUAAAUUACACAUUGUCAUAUUUGGAAUUUGAGCACAAUUUAACAGUAAACGGGACACAAGCGAAGAACAGCGGAAUUGCGGAUCUGAUCAGCAGCUACAAUUGUGGCUCGCUAGAUGAAUCGCUGUUUAGUGCCGGUCCCCGGACAUUCGACGGACGGCAAGGAUUCACCAUUGCCGUUGAAGUGGACAGACGUGCACGAGAAAUUGACAGUCAUUUCCUGGGACAACAAUCAAUCCUGGCGCAUCUGGGAUCGCGCGGUUUUAUCACAAAGGCAGUCACUGAAAAUGAUAGUAUCAGUUUCCCGGAGCGAAUUUACGCUCGGCGACGGACGUAUGUAUUCAAUGAACUGUGGGUGCGCGAUGACGAGCUGAAGACAAAUCCGGCAACAGAUAUCCUCCAAUUAUCCGUGAAUGAAUUGGACAGCAGUAGCAGCAGUGGCAGUGGCUGUACCGCAUAUUUCUGUUGUUCGGAGAGUGCCGCUUUCAGGAUCGUAGCUGUUAUAACAGCACUUCAAAUACCAUCCAGUGCACAGGUGCCUUUAUGA